AUGGCUUACACGAAUUCCCCUGCUCAAUUUCUUUCAACUGAGGAUCAUCUUCGCAAGAUGCUCACUCCUCCUCUUUGAUUGGAACAAAAAAUCCUGUUCCAAUUUAAAGGGAAGUUAUUUUUUUGAAAAUAAUUAUAUUUAAAUUUUUUUUAUAUAUAAAUUGAGUACAAUACAAUUAAUUUAAUUUAUUUUUAUGAAGUCUCUCAUUAAGGUGGGAAUAAUUAGCAAAACAGGUGGCCCCAGCUUUGGAGGCGAUGCAAAAUUGCUACCUCGCAACUCACAUUCUCCAUUUGGUGACUUUCCUCCAGGCUAUGUGAUUCCUUCCAAACGAAUUCCUACUGAAUUUAACCUAAACCCAGCCCAUGAAGCAUCUCAAGCAGCUAGCCAGCCUAAUGAAUUUGUAAAGAAAGGCAAAGGCUCAGGCGGCAAAACAUCGUCUCUAUUCCAUGGAAGAGAGCAGCCAGCUGAAGUCCCACCUAGAGCAGGAGCAUUUAACAGAAGAACCAUUCCUCCUAGUGAGUUUAGAAGAUUUUAUGACCGUGGAGACCUUCCUAUAGCUAUAAGCCAUGGCACAGGUAAUAAAAUCGCAUGGAAAGUACCAGUGGAGCAGCUGGAUUACCAUCACUACUUACCGAUUUUCUUUGAUGGGAUAAGAGAAAAGCAAGACCCUUAUAGAUUUCUAGCAAUACAAGGAGUCCAUGAUAUGCUUGAGCAUGGAGGAAAUAAAGUUUUACCUGUAAUCCCUCAGCUGAUUAUCCCUAUAAAAACAGCUUUAAAUACCAGAGAUCCUGAUAUUAUCAGUGUUGUCUUGAAAGUGCUUCAAAAAUUGGUGACAUGCGCAGAUAUGAUUGGAGAAGCUUUAGUUCCUUAUUAUAGACAGAUCUUGCCAAUUUUUAAUAUUUUCAAACAAAAAAAUGUGAACUCUGGUGAUAAGAUUGAUUAUUCGCAAAGAAAGAGGCAAAAUAUAGGAGAACUUAUACAGGAGACUUUGGAGCUAUUGGAGACAACAGGUGGGGAAGACGCUUUUAUCAAUAUCAAAUAUAUGAUCCCAACUUAUGAAAGCUGCGUUUUGAACUAA